GAAUCCCAACACCAAGUGCUCUGGGCAGGACCGUGGGAAGAUCUUGGACAACUGAAUGGGAAAUAACUCGCUGGGAUUUCUUCACAACGACACGAAAGAAGCUAAAGACACACGACGACGACGUUGCUUACAUUUUUACAACACAUGCGAACUAGUUUUAUUUGCAUUCAGAUGCGUGGUAACUUUCGCCUGCUGUUGCUGAGUCGUCGCUCAUGUUGAUAUCCUGGUGUUCAAGAGGAGACGUUCUGUUUGGAUCAGACCCUGGAAGCUAAGUUUUGUUUGCGUGGAUAAUUUUGGGGAUGACUGGAAAAGAAAACACUCAUAUUCGGGAUCCACCCACCCAAAAAAGUUCUUAUUAAGUGGACUUUAGCGAGCAGGCACCGUGUUGCGUUUGCAAAUUCAUGAUUUUGCAGGAAAAUAGGGUUGUUUUUUUGGGGAACAGUGGAGCUCAAAUGAAGGGACAAAGAACACUUCCGUUGCACAGACAUUGAAGGAGAAACAUUACAAAUGGAGGAUGAACAGCUUAAAAAGCUACUGUUUGUGAUUAGCAUGUCCGUCUAACUUAAAAACACGACUUUCCUGUCGUAACUUAAUUCUAUUUUUUUUAUUUCCGCCGUGGUUACUUUACAGCCCCAUGGGAAAAAUGAACGUGAAAUACUUUGUCAUGUCGCUAGUGCUCAGCAUCGGCGUGUGGUCUACAUUGGUCGUGUCCGAUUGCAAAUCAUACGACGAACGCUCGAAAAGCCCAGUAAAAAGCCCGGACAGGAAGGUGGUCUGCAGCAACAUGGAGCUCCAUCAGGUGUUACCGCCUGAUUUCUUCUCCAAUCGGACGGUCACACUAAUUCUCAACAACAACAAAAUUCAAGAACUAAAGGAUGGUUCAUUUGUUGGAUUGACUACAUUAGAAAAACUGGACCUGCGCAAUAACCUGAUCAGCCGAAUAGAACCAGGCGCUUUCCUGGGAUUGCCGGCGCUGAAAAGACUAGACUUGUCCAACAACAGUAUCGGCUGCCUCAACGUGGACAUCUUCAAGGGUCUCACCAGCCUCGUCAGGCUGAACCUUUCAGGCAAUAUGUUCUCUUCAUUGACUCAGGGGACAUUUGACAGCCUGCUGUCAUUAAAGUCAUUGGAGUUCCAGACGGCCUACCUGCUUUGCGACUGCAACCUCUUGUGGCUUCUGCGCUGGAUCCGUGACAGGAACGUGGCUGUCAAGAACACCAAGUGCUCGUACCCGCAGUCACUGCAGGGCCAGAUCAUCACCUCCGUUAGGACGGAGCUCCUCACCUGUGAUGCGCCGCUCGAGCUGCCUUCCUUCCAGCUGACUCCAUCCCAGCGUCAGGUGGUCUUCCAGGGUGACAGCCUUCCAUUCCAGUGUCAGGCUUCCUUUGUCGCCGAGGACAUGCAAGUGCUGUGGUACCAAAACGGCCGCAUUGUGACGCCGGACGCCGCCCAGGGGAUCUUCAUUGAGAAACGCAUGGUGCAGAACUGCUCCCUGAUUGCAAGCGCGCUGACCAUCUCCAACAUCCAGCCAGGCUUCACCGGCAACUGGGAGUGCCGGGUCAGGACCAGCCGAGGCAACACCACUAGGACGGUUGACAUUGUGGUGCUGGAAAGUUCUGCCAAAUACUGCGUCCCUGAACGUGUCUCCAACAACAAGGGAGAGUUUAGGUGGCCUCGCACCCUCACCGGAAUCCGAGCUAUCCUCCCCUGCAACAGGUUGCAGUCGAGCGCUGGAAGCUACUCCGGCGGCUUCGGUGAGGAGCAGCGGGCUUGGCGCUACUGUAACCGCAACGGCCUGUGGGCCGAGGACGAUUAUUCACAUUGCCAGUACCAAAAGCACGUCACCAGAUUCCUCUAUGUCAUCAACCAGAUGCCGUUGAAUGAAAGCAACGUGGUUCCCAGCGCUCGCAGCCUCCUCGUCUACACCAUCGACGCCGCCAACUUCUCGGACAAGAUGGACAUCAUCUUCGUGGCGGAGAUGAUUGAGAAAUUCAGCAAGUUUGUGGAGAAAGACCUGGGUGAGGUGAUGGUGAGCAUAGCCAGUAAUCUGAUGUUGGCGGACGAGCGCGUGCUGUGGAUGGCGCAGCGUGAGGCCAUGGCGUGCUCGCGUAUCAUCGCUUGUUUGCAGAAGAUCGCGGCCCAACGUCUGACGUCGGCGCAAGCCUUUUCACUGACAUCUCCCAACAUAGCGCUGGAGGCACACGCGGUCAAGGCAAGCGACUGGAACGGCAUGACCUGCAUGAUGUUCCAAAGACCAACCCCGGAACGGACCCCCGAACAGGAUCGGCAGCUCACGUUUAAAUGCAACACCACCGGCUCCUUCUCCAGCAUCCUACACAAGAGCACCACAGUGGAGGCGUCUCUACAGCUCCCUCCGUCACUCUUCACCCAGGCUGUGCUUCUCCCAGGCCUGGUAGAGGACAGGGUCUACAGGCUCCACCUCCUGGGCUUCCGCAACGGCAAGUUCUUCCCCUCGACGGGCAACUCCUCCCAGCUGGCGGUCAGUGGAAAGUGGAGGAGCGUGGCCACCCCGGUCAUAAUGGCCAAAAUAGAUGGCAUAUCAGUGCGUAUGCUGAGAACACCCGUCAACAUCACCCUGCGGCGCUUCGCCAGGGGCUCCGACGCCCUGUCAGCCUGCUGGAACUUUAGCCUGGCAGGCGGACAAGGGGGCUGGCAGAGCGACGGCUGCCGCAUCCUGGGCCACCAUGACAACUUCACCACCAUAUCCUGCAACUCACUGGGCAAUUAUGGGCUGCUCAUGGACCUCAGCACUGUGGACUACAUCACUCCUAGUAUUCAACCGCUACAUCCGGUCAUGUACGCAACCACCAUCGUGCUACUCUUCUGUCUGCUGACCAUCAUCGUGAGCUACGUCUACCACCACAAGUCUGUUCGUGUCAGCCGCAAGUGUUGGCACAUGCUGGUGAACUUGUGCUUUCACAUCUCUCUAACAUGCGGCGUGUUUGUGGGCGGCAUCAAUCAGACCCGACAUGCAAGUGUUUGCCAAGCAGUGGGAAUUUUACUGCACUAUUCCACGCUUGCGACCGCUCUCUGGGUGGGUGUGACGGCACGUAAUAUCUACAAGCAGGUGACACGUAAAGCCAAGCGCUACGAGGAGUUGGAUGAGCCACCCCCGCCGCCGCGCCCCAUGUUGAGGUUCUACUUAAUCGGCGGAGGGAUACCUACUAUAGUCUGUGGCAUCACUGCGGCGGCUAAUAUCAAAAACUACGGGAGCCAGAUUAAUGCGCCAUACUGCUGGAUGGCAUGGGAGCCCAGCAUCGGUGCUUUUUACGGGCCGGUAGGCUUCAUCGUCUUUGUGGACUGCAUGUACUUCCUCAGCAUCCUGCUCCAGCUGCGCCGCCACCCGCAGCGCCGCUACGAGUUCAAGGAGCUGGCAGAGGAGCAGCAGCAUCUGGCUUCGGAGGCAGUGGGUGUGCAUGUGGAGGCGUCAUCUGUUGUGACGGCAGCUUUUGCUGCUCCCCUCGUGGCGCUGGAGAACGAACACACCUUUGGCGUCCAGCUGACAGGGGCGUCCGUAGCGUUGGGGCUCUAUGCGGGCCUGUGGGUGUUUGGUGCCAUGGCCGUGUCGCGGGACCACCCUUUUAAUUUGGCGUUCAUCUGCCUGUACGGCGUGACGACGCUGGCCCUCGCUGCCUUCAUGGUGGUGCAACACUGCGUCAACAGGCAGGACAUGAGGCGCUACUGGUCACAGGCGUGCUGCACUGGGAGACGUAGCUACUCCACACAGGAAGACGCUCUGUUACCUCAACCUGCCCUGGCCUUAGCGUCCACUGUGGGGCCUGCCAAGAUAGAGGUGGAGUUGUCAAACAAGAGCGUCCACAGCAGCACAGACUCCUCCUAUACGAAUAAGAGCAUGCCAGAUGUGCGCAGUUCGACGCAGGGAAGCAAGCUAACCAAUCUGCACGCCGAGGCCGCUCAGUGCAAACCUGUUUCUUCCCCCGUGGUGCCUAACGGGGCCGCCGUUUUGGACAACAGCCUCACUGAACAUUCUGUGGACAACGAAAUCAAAAUGCACAUUUCUCCGGUGGAGGUGCAGUUUCGCCCGGUGAACAUUGACCCUGCUGCUCCCCAGGCCAUCACUGGGCAAAACUGCAGGCACCACAAAAACCGAAGCCGAGCACACCGAGCGAGUCGCUUGAUGGUGCUGAGAGAGUACGCCUACGACGUCCCCACCAGCGUGGAUGGCAGCGUCCAGAGCUCCCCCAACAGGCGGCAUCACUACUAUGACAUGGCGGCACGUAACAGUCGCCGCGCUGCCUACAUGGCCUACAGAGAGCGCCAUCAGAGCCAAAUGCAGCACGACAGCAGUGACAGCGCCACCUUGCCGCGACGAUCACGCCACGCCGACAAGGCGGCAACGAAAGUUACCAUGGAAGUCGUUCCUGUAAGUUCCAGCUCCUUUAAAGACUCUAGUGCUGCUUUGUGUCCCGGCAGCAUCGAACUAGAACCAACCAAGUCAUAUGGACUCAACCUAAUCACGCAAAACGGCAGCAUGGUGAAGGACAACGGCCAAGCGGUGCCUUUAAUUAGCGAGUGCACUCCGUGUGUCAAAACUGGUUUGUGGAAACAUGAAACUACCGUGUAGUAACAGUUUCCAUUCCAAAGAUGUUGGUUUUUAAACUGUGAAAUAUCUUUUUGUUUUUUGAAUCACUCAAUUUAUGGAAGGACUGUUUAUGUUACUGCCACUGAUCUGAUCUAUUUUUGUACACCUUCUGAGAGGCUCAUAUCUUUGUCACAAAAACAGCAAGAAUAAAAAUGUAUUGCAAAA